GCAGAACGAUGGCUGCUGUGGCUGUGGCCGUUCGCGAGGACUCGGGAUCCGGCAUGAAGGCGGAGCUUUCUGCUCGGCCCGGGGCAGGGGGGAAGGAGAUGACCCAAGAAGAGAAGCUGCAGCUUCGGAAGGAGAAGAAACAGCAGAAGAAGAAACGGAAAGAGGAAAAGGGGACGGACGCGGACACUGCCUCUGCUGUGUCGGCAGCCCAGUGUCCAGGCCCAGCCAGAGAAGCGCCAGGACCUGGCAGUCAGUCCAGCACUCCUGGUGAGAAAGUUCCAGCUGGCCGGACUAAGGCUGAGCUGCGGGCUGAGAGGCGAGCCAAGCAGGAGGCGGAGCGGGCCCUGAAGCAGGCCAGGAAAGGGGAGCAAGGAGGGCCACCCCCGCAGGCCUCCCCCAGCACGGCUGGAGAAGCCCCCGCAGGAGGGAAGCGUCUCACCGAGCACACCCAGGCUGAUGACCCCACACUGCUGAGAAGGCUUGUCAGAAAGUCAGAGCGACAGCAGGUUCCUACACGGAAGGAUUAUGGAUCCAAAGUCAGUCUCUUCUCCCACCUCCCCCAGUACAGCAGACAGAACUCUCUGACACAGUACAUGAGCAUCCCAUCCUCUGUGAUCCACCCAGCCAUGGUGCGACUCGGCCUGCAGUACUCCCAGGGCCUGAUCAGUGGCUCCAACGCCCGGUGUAUUGCCCUACUCCGGGCCUUGCAGCAGGUGAUUCAGGAUUACACGACGCCGCCCAAUGAGGAGCUCUCCCGGGAUCUGGUGAAUAAACUCAAACCCUACAUCAGCUUCCUGACUCAGUGCCGCCCCCUGUCGGCAAGCAUGUACAAUGCCAUCAAGUUCCUUAACAAGGAGAUCACUGGAGUGAGCAGCACCAAGCGGGAAGAGGAGGCCAAGGCGGAGCUUCAGGCAGCAGCUGACCGGUACGUGCAGGAGAAGAUCGUGCUCGCCGCUCAGGCAAUUCUGCGCUUUGCUUCCAAGAAGAUCAGUAACGGGGAUGUGAUCCUGGUGUACGGCUGCUCAUCUCUCGUGUCACGGAUCCUUCAGGAGGCGUGGUCCGAGGGCCGCAAGUUCCGAGUGGUGGUGGUGGACAGCCGGCCCCGGCUGGAGGGAAGGCACAUGCUCCGCUUUCUGGUCCGUGCAGGGGUCCCUGCCUCCUACCUGCUGAUUCCUGCAGCCUCUUACGUGCUCCCAGAGGUUUCUAAGGUGCUCUUGGGAGCUCACGCACUCCUGGCCAAUGGAUCUGUGAUGUCGCGGGUGGGGACAGCACAGCUGGCCCUGGUGGCUCGCGCCCACAAUGUGCCAGUGCUGGUCUGUUGUGAAACAUACAAGUUCUGUGAGCGUGUACAGACUGAUGCCUUUGUCUCCAAUGAGCUAGAUGACCCUGACGACCUGCAGUGCGAGCGGGGGGAUCACGUAGCCCUGGCGAACUGGCAGAGCCACCCAUCCCUCCGGUUGCUGAAUCUCGUCUAUGAUGUCACGCCGCCCGAGCUCGUGGAUCUGGUGAUCACAGAGCUGGGGAUGAUCCCUUGUAGUUCUGUGCCUGUUGUCCUACGAGUCAAGAGCAGUGACCAGUGACAGGGAAGCCGGGUCAAUAAAGGACGUGCUCCCUCUUCCUAA